GCGACAGCGCUGUCGUGCAGUGUCGAUGGAGCUGAACUUUAAACCAUGGCUGGAAAGGAGACGUGUGUGUAUUUAUCUCCUUAUUGGAGAACUCCAGAUAGCGUGUCGUCAGUAAACUCGGGGGUCUCCAUGUUUUAACAGAACCAGCGACGUGAACAGGAGGAGACUCGCUCGACCUGAAGGUUGUGUGUGGAGUCUGAGGAUGGGUUCCUGGCAUCCAGUGACGAACCUCAGAGACUAUGCAUCCCAUAAUCCUCCAAUGGUGACCUUUCUUCUGUGUAUGUUGAGUCUGGUCAUCUCCUUCGUCUGCCUGGGCUCUUACAGCUACUCUCACACUCUGCCCAACCCCGACACAGCAAAGGACUGGAACCAGCUUCUGUCCUCCUUAUCUCAGCUCCAGCUGUGUACGAAAGCCAGUGCAGAUUCAUCUGUACUCGUGUCACCAGCUCCCUCUCUUCUGGUGGAACAGAAAAACGAUGAAGAGACAAUGGAUGACCCUACAAUUACGUCUUCUUCAGUCACACAUUUUCAUCUCAAGGUUCCUGUGGCGUUGACUGCCAGCUCAGCUCUUGGCUCUGUGAAACACUUUGGUCUUUCCACUUCCUUGCGGGCCAGUCAACUACAUCUCGGUGGCAAUGAGAUUAUCAAUAUGACUCUCGAGUUUCUGACGGGAAAUAGAACCCACACCUGCCUCAACAUUAGUGCCCCAUCACACCUCCUGCCCCUGAACCCUCGUCCUAUGAAGUGUCCUGCAUUUAAGACAAAUAUUUCACCCGUCCAUGUGGAAGUGAGCAACCAGCUGCCCGCAGCAUCACAAACCUGCUACAGUUUACACAGCAAGAAUGACCCGACACUCACGGUCAUGUUGACACAGGAGGAACGGACUGUUGCGGUGCGUCAUCUGCUGGAAGUCAGUGUUUUCCUGCUCGGAGUUUGCAUGGUACUCUGUUUAGCUGCGAGUGUGAAACGUUCGCUCAUGCCCUGCUACAACUGGAAAGGGCUGGAUCUAAUACAUGAACCAUUGAUUGACUCCUGAUCUUUCCUGACCCUCUGCAUCCUUUAGAGAGCUGCUGGUUGCUGCUUUUAAAGAAAAUGACUUUGGGAAUGUUUUUAAUACUUUGAUCAUGGUUUAAUGGGAACAACUUUUGAACACAUAAUGCCUAAAGCGGUGAGUGGUCAUAUACCACUCCCCAGUCUGUUUGUUAUAUACAGUACAUUACAGGGAUUAUUUACUUUCUAAACUUUUCUACUUCAAUUAUUUCCCGGAAUCAUUCUUAGAACCUUGUAAAGAAUUAUCUGAUUGCAUUCAACUGUGUCAGGUCUAAAUAUACCAAUUUUAAUAAAUAAUGUGAAUCUAAAAUUCACAUUAUUUGACCAUUGUUGAGUAUAAUAUACCCUGUUCCCUUUCAGCAGUUGUACUAGUUGUGUUUUAUUACUUUUAUUGACAUGUCUGACAUUGAUCAUAGAAGUCAAAUGUACAGAUCCACAGUGUGAUUAUUCUAGUAUUUACCCAGAGACAGUGUAAUGAAUUAUGACUUGAAUAUUGGGGGAAAUUUUAAGAAGUGAAUAUUGAAGACACUUUGAUAGUUUUCUAACUCUUGUUGUUUGUUUUCUGAAUUUUAACAUAUGGUGUUAAACGGUAAAAGGUAAAAUGACUGUAUUCUGUUUAAUUCCUAUGACAUUUCAUAUUUGUCAAAUAAAGAGUUUAAAGCUCAAAA